AGAUGACCACCCACCACCGUUCCUCUCCCUUUGACCCUGAGCAUCGAGUCCGGAGCACACUGAAGAAGGUCUUCGGGUUUGACUCUUUUAAGACACCGUUACAGGAGAGUGCCACCAUGGCUGUAGUGAAAGGAGACAAGGAUGUUUUCGUGUGCAUGCCCACAGGGGCAGGGAAGUCCCUCUGCUAUCAGCUGCCUGCUCUGCUGGCCAAAGGCAUCACGGUGGUCAUCUCUCCCCUCAUUGCACUGAUUCAGGACCAAGUGGACCACCUGCUGGCCCUGAAGGUGCGAGUGAGGUCCCUGAACUCCAAGCUCUCGGCGCAGGAGAAGCAGGAGCUGCUGUCCGACCUGGAGCAGGAGAAGCCCCAGACCAAGCUCCUGUACAUCACGCCGGAGAUGGCGGCCUCCGCCUCCUUCCAGCCCACCCUGAACUCGCUGGUGUCCCGCCACCUGCUCUCCUACCUGGUGGUGGAUGAAGCUCAUUGUGUUUCCCAGUGGGGACACGACUUCCGCCCCGACUACCUGCGCCUGGGUGCCCUGCGCUCCCGCCUUGCACAUGCCCCGUGUGUGGCGCUGACCGCCACGGCCACCCCGCAGGUCCGGGAGGAUGUGUUUGCGGCUCUGCACCUCAAGCAGCCGGUUGCUGCCUUCAAGACCCCCUGCUUCCGGGCCAAUCUCUUCUACGACGUGCAGUUCAAGGAGCUGCUUUCCGAUCCCUACGGGAGCCUGCGGGACUUCUGCCUGAAGGCGCUGGGCCAGAAGGCUGGGAAAGGGGUACUGUCCGGUUGCGGCAUCGUCUACUGCAGGACCAGAGAGGCUUGUGAACAGCUGGCGAUGGAGCUCAGUUCCAGGGGGUUGAGUGCCAAGGCCUACCACGCAGGGCUGAAGGCCUCUGAAAGGACGCAGGUGCAGAACGAAUGGAUGGAGGAGAAGGUCCCCGUCAUCGUUGCCACCAUCAGCUUCGGGAUGGGAGUGGACAAAGCCAACGUCAGGUUUGUCGCCCACUGGAAUAUUGCCAAGUCUAUGGCUGGGUACUACCAAGAGUCUGGCCGCGCGGGCAGGGACGGGAAGCCCUCCUGGUGCCGCCUCUAUUACUCCAGGAGCGACCGGGACCAAGUGAGCUUCCUGGUCAGGAAGGAAGUAGCAAAACUGCAGGAAAAGAGGGGGCACAAAGCCUCUGACAAAGCAGCCCUCCUGGCCUUCGAGGCCUUGGUGACCUUCUGCGAAGAACUGGGGUGCCGCCACGCCGCCAUUGCCAAGUACUUUGGGGAUGCGCCCCCCGCCUGCACCAAGGGCUGUGACCACUGCAAGAACCCCGCGGCCGUGCGGAAGCAGCUGGACGCCUUGGAGCGCAGCAGCAGCUGGAGCAGGACCUGCAUCGGGCCCUCCCAGGGCAGCGGCUUCGACCCCGAGCUGUAUGAGGGCGGCCGCAGGGGCUACGGCGGCUUCAGCAGGUAUGACGAGGGUUCUGGAGGCAGCGGGGACGAGGGCCGAGACGAGGCCCACAAGCGGGAGUGGAACCUCUUCUUCCGGAAGCAGAUGAGUCUGCGCAAGGGCAAAGACCCCAAGACAGAAGAAUUUGUGGCCCCAGGUCAGUAUAGGGGCCGUGGGCUGUUUCCGGGUGUGGAUGGAGGGUGCCUCCUUGGGGGGUCGGGACUCCAGAGAGUAGAAGCCUCCCCGCUCCCCCCAGAUGAGGACUGUCCGCUGAAAGAGGCUUCUAGCAGGAAGAUCCCCAGGCUCACUGUGAAGGCCCGGGAGCACUGCCUGCGGCUGCUGGAAGAGGCGCUGGGCAGCAACUGCCAGGCUGCAGGCACCACUCAGGGACCGGACCUGCAGGCCAAGGCCGUGGAGAUAGAACAUGAGAUGUUCCGAAACGCCAAGGCUGCCAACCUGUACAAGGCCAGCGUGCUGAAGAAGGUGGCCGAGAUCCAUAGGACCUCCAAGGACGGGCAGCUCUACCACCCAGCAGGCAGUGCCAAGGGCUGCAGUGCCCAUGCCGAGCCCCCAGAGCCCAACGAGCACGACAUCCUGCCGGCCUCCCAGGUGUACUCGCUCAAACCCAAGCGGGUGGGAGCCGGUUUUCCCAAAGGCUCCAUCCCGUUCCAGACAGCCUCGCAGCUGAUGGAGGAGAUGCGGGCUGGGGGGCAGGCCCCGCGGCCUGAGCGGAGAGGCCAGCAGGAGCCCCCCAGCCCGCCAUGUGGCCUCCAGGAUGCGGACAGCAGUGAGCCUGUCCCCAGGCCCAAUGAGGCCCCCGGAAGCAGUGCUCCUUGUGGGGGGCCCUCCCCUGAGAAGGCAAAGGGCCCCUCGGGGGGCAGUCCCGCGGCCAAGGCCCAGGCCAAGAAGCGGCAGCUCCUGGCCGCGGCGGCCCACAAGGACUCUCAGAACAUCGCCCGCUUCCUCUGCCAGCGGGCCAAGAGCCCGGCUGGCCUGGCUGCAGCCCCAGGGCCCGAAGGUGCCAGCCCUUCCCGUGCUGGGGCGCGGGGACCCCUGGCUGAGGCCCCAGAGACACGGACACGGGAGGAUGGAGCCCUGGGACGUUCGGCCGCUCACCCCCAGGCUGCGUGCACCAGGGAGGGGCCAAGUGCCUGCCCACUGCGAGACCCGGGGCCGGAAGGCCAGCUCACCCUCCUUGAGGGGGCACCGAGGGGCAAGCGGCCCAGGCCCCAGCAGGAGAACCCGGAGAGCCAGGCUCGGAAGAGGCCUCACCCCUCAGCCGGCGCCUCCGUUUUAGCCGAGGCCAACGACAACAUCCUGGCCAGCGGUCAGAGCGCCGGGAGCCGCACGGCCCAGGGCGCCUCCCUGAAGGCGGCGGCGAACGCUGUGGUCCAGUGCCUGACCCCUUUCUACAAGGAGGGCAGGUUUGCCUCCAAGGACCUGUUCAAAGCCUUCGCCCGCCACCUCUCCCAUUCGCUGGCUCAGAAACCCUCUCCCGGGAGGAGCGUGAAGGAGGAGGCCCAGCACCUCAUCAAGCAGUUCUUCCUGGGCCGCGCCCGCUGCGAGAGCGAAGCUGACUGGCACGGCCUGUGUGACCCACAGAGAUGACCUACUGGUGCCCAGCGGGCCGGUGUCCUCUCCGCAUCCCCUUUCCCCCUCCCCCCGACUCAGGAAUGGGCAGGCGGACAGCCUGGGCCGCCAGGGGCAUCUCUCCUCAGGGUCCUUCCCCUUCCAACCACACCUCGCUGUGGAGAUGGCCCCGGUCACCCCCAAAUCAGGGUCAGAGGCCAGAGGUCAGCCCACCUUCCUGAAACCCUCUCUCUCCUGGCCUCACGGAGCCCCGCCUUCGGAGGACAUGGGGGGCGUGGCUGCUGCCAGGGGAACAGGAGGAAGAAACGGCCCCUCCACCUCUGUACCCGGGUUGUAAGCCGGGGAGCCCCCCUGUGCGCAGCGGGGGCUCCGGGGCAGAGCUGAGGGUGCGGGCAGCGGCCGGCCCCGCUCUCGCUGCUGCUCGGGAAGGCGAGGCUGGACCAGGCGCGCCCAGAGGAAUAAAGGCCGUUGGGACACGUGCACGC